CGAACAGCCACUGCUAAUUCAAAUGCAUAUCCCAUUCCCACUUCCAUGUCAUCCUCCUGAAGCAGAAGCAAAUACUGUAUAUCUCGAAUUGAAGCUCUUGUGCUUGAGCUUGAGCUUUCCGCCACUUCUCGGUUUCAAGGUGAUGUACUGAUGAGGAGGCCUCUUUGGUGUGGUUCUUCUACACGGAGGAGAGCCACUGCAGUAUCGACAAGAGAUCCUCAAAGCUUGUGUUGAUGGGUUUCUCAGACAGACAUGAAAAGGUGCCCGAUCUACUUGUCAGACCAUUGUUUUGGAUUCAUCUCUCAUCAGUCACUCUUGGGGUUUGCUUCAAAUUAUUUGCCUCUCUUCUGUUUUAGAAGUUUGAGCCAAGGAUACUCCACCUUAGGCUCAGCUGAUACUAGACCUUUUCCUGAUUACUCCCCCAAAAAACCUACCAUCAAAGACUCGGAAUUUGUCCAUCAGAUCUCGAAUGCAAUAAAAUUACGCCGCUCUGAGCCUUUCCGCCGCAUUCUAAAGCCUUUUGAAUCCAAGUUCAGGCAUGACCACCUAAUUUGGGUUCUCAAGAACAUUAAGAACAACUAUAAAAUGGUUUUGGAUUUUUUUGAAUGGGCGUGCCUACGGAGAGACCCAACACUAGAAGCCCGUUGUGCCGUUGUUCAGAUUGCUGUCGCAUCAAAGGAUCUAAAAAUGGCUCAUGUGCUUAUUUGUGAUUUUUGGGCAAAACCCAAUUUGGAUAUUGGUCUUGCAUACUCUCACUUUGUUGAAAGUUUGAUAUACACGUAUAAGGACUGGGGUUCAAAUCCAUAUGUAUUUGAUAUUUUCUUUCAAGUCCUUGUUGAAGCUGGGAUGUUUAAUGAAGCGGGGAAACUCUUUGACAAAUUGUUGAAGUAUGGGGUAGUAAUCUCUGUUGCUUCUUGUAAUUUAUUUCUUACUCGUCUAUCAAAUUCUGAUGGGACUGAGAUAGCAAUAAAGGUUUUUAAUGAAUAUCCUGCAGUGGGUGUUUGCUGGAAUACUGCAUCAUAUAAUAUCAUAAUUCAUUCUCUUUGUCGAUUAGGGAAAAUAAAAGAAGCCCACAAUUUACUCAUGCAAAUGGAGUUGAGGGGCUGUAUGCCUGAUGUAGUUAGUUAUAGUACUAUAAUAAGCGGUUAUUGUCAGGUCGGGGAGCUACAAAAGGUGUUGAAACUGAUAGAAGAAAUGCAAACAAAGGGAGUGAAGCCAAACCCUUAUACCUACAACAGCAUAAUACUUCUUUUGUGUAAGACUGGUAGAGUAGUUGAAGCAGAGAAGGUAUUCAGGGAGAUGAUGAACCAGGGAAAUUUUCCAGAUAAUGUGGUCUAUACAACUCUUUUCAGUGGUUUCUGUAAGUUGGGAAAUGUUCCAGCUGCAUAUAGGCUGUUUGAUGAAAUGCGGGCUAGGAAAAUUGUUCCUGAUAAUAUAAUGUAUACUGCUAUUAUUCAUGGGUUUUGUCAGAGUGGAAAAAUGAUGGAAGCAGUUAAGCUCUUUCUUGAAAUGGCUAGUGAAGGGUUGGAACCAGAUGAAGUUACUUACACAACACUUAUUGAUGGUUAUUGCAAGUCAGGUGAGAUGAAAGAGGCCUUUGCUCUUCACAAUCAGAUGGUUCAGAAAGGGCUUACCCCAAAUGUUGUCACGUAUACUGCACUUGCUGAUGGCCUUUGUAAAAGAGGCGAGGUAGGCACUGCAAAUGAACUUCUUCAUGAGAUGUGUGGAAAGGGCCUUCAACCGAAUGUAUGCACUUACAACUCAAUUAUUAAUGGUCUUUGUAAAGCUGGAAAUCUAAUGCAAGCUGUAAAUCUGAUGAAAGAAAUGGAGGUGGCUGGGUUGAAUCCUGAUACAAUUACUUUUACCACCCUCAUGGAUGCUUAUUGUAAGAUGGGGGAGAUGGCUACGGCACAUGAGCUCUUGCGGGACAUGCUGGAUAGAGGUCUCCAACCUACAGUUGUGACAUUCAAUGUGCUCAUGAAUGGAUUUUGUAUGUCAGGAAUGCUGGAAGAUGGUGAGAGGCUACUAAAAUGGAUGUUGGAGAAGGGUAUAAUGCCAAAUGCCACCACCUAUAAUUUUCUUUUGAAGCAGCACUGUAUUAGAAAUAACAUGCGUGCCACAACAGAGAUUUAUAAGAGCAUGGGUGCUCAAGGAGUAAUGUCCGACAGCAACACCUAUAACAUUUUAAUAAAAGGGCAUUGCAAAGCAAGGAAUAUGAAAGAGGCAUGGUUUUUGCACAGAGAGAUGGUAGAGAAGGGAUUUGAUAUCACGGCUAGUUCCUACAAUGCCCUUAUCAGAGGUUUUCAUAAGAGGAAGAAAUUUAUGGAGGCUAGGGAACUUUUUGAAGAGAUGAGAAAACAUGGGUUGACUGCAGAGAGAGAAAUAUACAACAUUUUUAUUGAUAUGAACUUUGAAGAAGGGAACAUGGAAAUCACUCUUGAGCUUUGUGAUGAAGCUAUCGAGAAAUGUCUAGUGGAUAACAGUGAGAAUGAACAGACCUAGCUGGAUUUUGUUGGUGGUACUUUGAUUUGAUUAUUGUGGAUAAAAACUGUCAAUUUUGGUUUGCGUCAACUUGUGAGGUGGCAUCCUAUGACAUGCUAACCUAAUCUACCCAGAAUCAUGGGUUACCAUCCCUACUACUACCCAGGUGAUCAACACAUUUAUGACACCCAAGCUAUAAAUUUGGUUUGGGAGUAGAUUGGCUGAGCAAUUGUGGAAUAUAGUUAUUAUAAAAACAGAUAAGCUAUCUCACUGUGGUGUUCCCAAUGAUGAUUUCCUUGUAUUGAAUUUCACCACAUUAAAGAGUAAUAAAGGAAUUUUGGUGAAGUUGUAGGAGUUGGUGUUACUAGAUAAAGCCGCUGCGAAGGCAUUUAGCAAAGAAGAGAAGUUGAAGCUGGUUUUAGGCGUCACCCGUUUAAAUGAAAAAUAUGGACAAUUCAAGGGCAAAUUAUAGAGCAAAAGCAGAUGAGUUGGACUAGAAAUGUCAAUUUGACCAUAAACCAGUGUCUUUUACGUCACUUAUGUGACCCUCAUUUCUGAUCUUCUGACUUGUACAUUUGCAAUGAUGGAGAGUACCUUAAAAUUUUAUGGUAGUUGCAAAAGAUGGUUCAUCGACUGGAGCUCCUUCUCAACUGAAGAUACUCCACUUAUUACAGUAUGACCAUUAACUCGGUCUCACAAUGAGCCAUACCUUUGUUUGAAUAUCCAAUACCUCUGUACAAAAUCUGGCACUUCAUUGCAAAGCAUCUUGUCUUGUAGCCAUCUUCUAAUCCAUUUUGUGUACCUCAUCCAAAAAAAUUUCUAGGUGGGGUGUUUAAUUUUGUAUUAUUCUAUGUGACACAAGCCCUAAAUAUUUUAUUAUGCUGACACGGUUUUUGCAAGGUCUAACAGUUUGUGUGCUAAAUCUGUCUUCUUACUGAUUUUGGUUAUACUUUUUUGUGUAUAUUAUAUGAUCCUUUUCCUAUGAUAUCUCACCAUGGUCUGUUUGUAGACUUGACAUACCUCCGGAAUUGGCAAGUUUAGGCCGCCUGCAAUGGAGUAGCAGUCUAAAAGUU